AUGAGCUUCGGAAAGCUGUACUGGUACCCCAAGGCGCCUCGCGCUACGCAGUGCCUCUACAUUGCCGAGUACAACAAGCUUGACAUCGAGUUCGUCGAGGCAUGGCCGAUUAAGGUCGACCCGAGCAAGGGUGGAGUUGGCGAAGAAUAUCUCUCGAAGUUCCCUCCCGGAAAGGUGCCCGCUCUGGAGCGUCCGAAUGGCUUCACCUUGUUCGAGUGCAUCCCGGUUGCCAUCUAUCUCGCGAAGCAAGAUGCCAACACCAAGCUCCUGGGCUCAACACUUGAAGAGGAGGCGACGAUUCUGAAGUGGGCAUCUUUUGCCAACAGCGAGCUUCUGCCCCCCAUCAUGGCGUGGAUCAACCCAGUCAAGAGCAAAGAGCCAGCGUCACCCGAGGUGCUUGCCGCGGCCGAGAAGAACAGCGAGGGCAUGGUCAGCGUGGUGGAGAAGGCAUUGACAGGAAAGAAGUUCCUCGUCGGCGACCAGCUGACGAUAGCUGAUCUUUUCGUCGUGGCCGCAAUCGCAAGAGGAUACCAAUUCGUGUUUGCCAAGAAGUGGACGGAAGCACACCCCGCCAUCCACGACUGGUACUGGCGAAUCAAGAGCGACGAUAUCUGGAAGAAGAUUGAUGGAGAGCCUCUGUACUGCGAAUCAACCAUAGACGAAGCAGCCCGCAAAGCUGUCUUUGAGUCAACACUGUCUUCGUUGCAGCAAUAUGUCGAGCAAAAUCGUUCACGGUAUCAGGAAACAUGGGUCCUGCAGACAUUCCUACUCCUCGAGUUCCUCGGUAUCUACGGCGGCAAUGACACCAGCUUUCUUAAAGCCCAGAGGGUACACCGCGAUCUCAUCGAUGCCAUACGACUCCUACAAAUGUCCCAGGACAGCUCCAUCGAAUCCCUUUCGAUGAACUCCGGCGAGGACAGCGGCUACGGCGAAGAAGGCGACGAGGACGAUCUCCAAGAGCCUGUCAGCGCCGAAGCUCUUAAUGAACAAUGGCAGGACUUCAUACGAAAGGAGAGUCGGAAGCGAUGCGUCUAUAUGCUUUACCUGCUGGACUCUCAGCUUGCGAUACUCUGUAACCUGCGGCCGAUGUUGUCUUCCCUUGAAAUCAAGUACGACCUUCCAUGCUGCGAAGAUAUAUGGCUAGCGCGUUCGGAUCGAGAAUGGUUUGAAAAGAAACGACAGCGUUUCAAGUCUUUCGACGAGCCCGACGAUCAGGCUUACGCGCAUGAGACUCCGCCUAGUCAGGGUUUCUUCUACGAAGCAUCUCAGACUCUGCUGCACGCCAACCGCAACGAUGAUGGUGGGAGGGGCUCGGGCGACGGCAAACAGAAGCCCAAGAAAUUGAGGCUACUAUGGGCGUCGCCGUUUGCGGCUGUCAUUCUGGUGACGCAGCUACAGAUGAUGGCGAGAGAACUGACGCAUGCCAGUUGCUUGCUCGAGAGACCCAAGGCGCAACGCCGUGCGCUUUCCAUAUUGACAGACAAACAGCAUGCGCAAAUCUCUCAAGCACUCAAUGGUAUUGCAGAGUUGGUGCCGCGAAACCAGAAACCCGUGUUCAGCUUCUUCGACUUUGGUCGGAUGGAUGUUCUGCCAGACAGCCACGAGGACCAGACACCGCUUUGGCACACGUUCUGGAUUCUUUGGUACUACACCUCUAUCACGCUUUCACACCCGGACUCUUUGCUUGUUAGCGGAGUUGUCGAGUCGAAUCUUCCGUUGGCAAUUGCAACGGCUGGUCACUUGGCAACGCCAAGAAGCAAGGACAAGCGAGACAUCUAUGAAGAUCGCGACGUGUUCCGAAUACUGAACGACUUGGAAUCGGCCCUCGACCUCCUGAACCCGAUCAAAUCAACCGCUCCCCCCGCUCUCGAAAACCCCUUCAUAACUCUCCUCGGUUUCAAGAUCUGCCUCGUAGGAUGGCGCCUAGUCCGACUGACAAUGCCGGCCGCUCAGCGUGGGAACGGCUGCAACGGCAGCGGAGGCAUGGGAUUGGGCAACAGCGGCCGUUCCAACCCGAGUCGAUUUGUUUUGGACGCCAUCAUGGCCUGCGUUGGCACAGGCGGCGACGACGAUGCGGAGAACGCGGCGGCGGCGCUGGCCAUGUUGGAUAGGCCGGUCGAUCUCGCGCGGAGUGAGGUCCGGUUUCUCGAGUGGAUCGUCGCCAAUUUCAAUAAGCGGACGACUUGGCCUGUUGGGAGCUGGGUUGCGGCUGUCAUGCAUGAGAGUUUAGCUAAGGCGAGGGAUGCUUAUGUGGCGCCUAUGAGUGAAUGA